AUGACACUGAGAUCAGUAACGAGAAGACGCAUACCGUAUCUGAAGUGGAGUGACGCUGGGUCAUACCAAUGUGUUGCAAUCAAUAAACUUGGACGUCAUUCAAAGAGCUAUUGUUUGACCGUCGUAGGUAAGUAGGUUCUUUGCCAGGUAAAUAUCCUGUAUCAUCCAAAUAAGGGCCAGUGCUACUAAUAUCGUUAUACAAGGCUUGGCCUAUAGGUUUUCUUUAGAUUUAAUAAUACUAAUGCCUAUAGCGAGGACUAUAAAUAUGUUAAAGAAUCAACACAGCAUCAAAAUGCCAUUAUAGCAUCAUUUCAAUGCCUGUUUCCCGAUGUUUCUGAUAUUCUGUGUUUAGGAGAGACUGCAGCUUCUACUGAGCCUAGCAAAGUUGAUAGUAAGAGCAGUGCAGGAACUGUUGUAGUAUGGCAUGUCGUGGUAUCUUUGGUGUCUGGAAUUAUCAUUGGCAUUCUCUUUUCCUACAUUGUAUUUGUAUUGUAUUCUCGUCGUCGUUGGUGUAGGAACAGAAAACCUGAACGAAACCCUGACGAUCCGAAAACUGAAGCUGAUACAACCUACCAAGCCCUGGAUCUUACAAAAAUGAACACAAAUCUAGAAAAUAAUUAUCAAUCGUUGCAAGUGAAUGACGCAUCAAAUUACGAGAACGUUACUUGGCCGCAUUGA